AUGGUGUCCUGGUUGGCUUCUCAGUCCAAAAACAAGACAAAGACGUUCGAGGACCGACUGCGCGAGAGUUCCCACCGACACCUCCGCAAGGUCGCCGGCAGCGGCUACAGGAAGCCCCAGCCCAAGCUGCCCUCGGUGCCGGAGCAGACGAGAGGUGCGCUGAGACGAUACGUCGAAAGACAAGCCGUGUGCCUGUCCUUCACUGUCUGCUUCUGUGUCUCUCUCAGCCAAGAAGAUCGUGCUUCCAAGGAAGGCGACGCUGGACGGCACGCUGCUGCCGGGAGCGAGGCCACCUGCCCCAAAACCGUUCCUGGUGGGUGUUGCGCGCCGCCCCCUGGACGGAACAUUCCCGCCUCCCACCUUCAAGCCCUAUAAAAGGAGCUCCGGUGUUUCCGAUGACGAGAUCUACAGGGCCACUCUCGUCACAAUUGUAUCAUGUGUGUGAUCAGGGAAAGCGAACGACGAGCGGCAGCCCAGGACGGUCCAACUUUGAGCUCUCAGUUCCCUCCACCCUCUCACUGACCACCAGCCUUUCAACCCUCCAACUUGUGGAGGAGAGAGAGGAGACGGCUGUCUCUCUCUCUGUCGCUCGCUGUGUUGCACAUGUGGAGCACCAACCCACCCAUUCAGUACGGUCAGAGUGUUGGGGGACUCUCUGGCUGUCUGAUCUGACGGAUCCUCUCAAUCGUGCUCCUGCUCCUCCGUCGGUUGUUUUGUUUGUGCGCCGACCCCCGGUUCCAGCGACUAUCAAAGGCUAUAGGAACCAAGAGUACAGAAGAAUACAUAGUGAAUGCACAGCAGAGGAUAACACAACACGACACAGACACACACCCCAUCUCUCUCACGGGUAUGCUUUGUGUGGGCUGCGCCAACAGGAGUUUUACUAUUUGGGCCACUCAUCGGCCUGUCUUUGAAGGACAUCGAUGGAGGCAACCGAAAAAGAAAACCCUCAUACGAAAGGUAAGUUGGAGACGGAGGAGAAGAGCGGCAGGCAUAUGGAGUGUGACUUUCUCUGUGUCAGGUCUGUGAUGAUUAGCGAGGCCAUGGUUGACGUCGACCUGCGCGACGAAUUCGACCGUGAUGAGGAGGUCAUCAAGGAGGAGAAGAACGAGGAAGGGGAGACGGCCGACGAGGGAGAGGAGGAGACGGCGAGCGAGGAGGAGACGGUUAGCGAGGAGGAGGAGCACCAGCCGGCGGCAACAGAGGGCUGCCGAACGCCGCCCUUACGUCUGCUGCCCCGACGCAGCACCUCCAGCGGCGCCCUGGUGCUCGAGGACCCCGAUGAGAGGCUGCUGGCGGAGAUGCUCGAGGUGACUAGGAGAGUGGGCCAGUUCAUGCAGGAGGUGAGCUGCACCGUCAACGCCACCGUUAUGUUAAAAGCUUUUGACUUUCGAUGGUGUCUUGGUGGCUUCUCAGUUUGCCGCCAAGGGCAACACGUUCCGGGAGCGCCUGCAGAGGCUUCGCCACAAGCACCUCCUGCAGCGACUGGGAGCUGCUUGAGGGAGGUUUCUCGGGACAAGGAGCCCUUUCUGCCACCGGUGCCCGAGAAAACGCCCGGUAUGCUAAGAGAUGCGUGCAGGCAGCGUUGCGUCUUGCCAUGAUUCAUUCACUGUCUGCUUAUGUGUGUCUCUCUCAGCCAAGAAGGAGACACCGUUCAAGCAGAAGAUGCUGGACGGCGAGACCCCGCUCCCAUGGCGCCCACCCUUCCUCGUCGGCAUCCCCCGCCGUCCCCUUGACGGGACGUUUGGCCCACCCCCGACAGUCAAGCGGCCCAAGCCGCCCAAGCAGCCCGAGAAGAGAUCAAGUACGUCCGAUUACGACAUCUGCAGAUACAAAUCUCUUCACAAACGUUUUCUGCAUGUCUGAUGAUCAGAGAAAGCCCUCGAUAAGAAGCAGCCCACGACCGGUUACCUCUGAUUGCUGUGGAGGAGGGUUGAGUGGAGAGAGACGGUGGGGGGCUGUGUUGUGUCUGCUGUGGUGGUUUUCGGCCAUCCAGGGGGCGCGCUUUCACGAAUCAGUAUGUAAUACGCAUUCAGACACACGUGUGUGCGCGGCUCGUAUGUGUGUGUGUCCAUGCAGGAUCGGUGUCUACAUUUUAUAUUUGGCGUGUCUCUUAUGGCGGGAGCAUCGUGACCGGCAGGGCAAGGGCCAUCGCAACACCGUGAGGAUCGUGGUACGGACAUUAACAAGACGACGACAAUGCGUGGUGGGAUAUCAUGACACAUCCAUCGCUGUGUUGUGUGUGCAGGGGUCUACACAAUCUGCGGCGAUUACUUCAAGAGAGUCGCCAAACUGGCGGCCCGCUGGCUGAUUCAUUUAGACAUGCCGUGGGGACAGCAGUACCAGAGCAAGAACUACUGCCUGGACAAAAUGGGCGACGGCAGUAUGGUACGUGAAGGCACGGACAACGUGUGCAAUAAUUUUGUGUGUGUGUGUGUGUUUGUGUGUGUGUGUGUGUCACAUCCUGAGCAGAAAAGGAGUGAAGUCCGCAAUGAGAAAGGCCGACGCAAAGACGCAUGCAGGUUUCUGUGUCUCAAAUCGGCGCUGCAUUUUACAUUUGGCGUGUCUCUCACGACUCACACAACGAGGGAGGAGGUAAGCUUACGCACAGAAAUGCCCGGCUCCCACCUCUUUUCAUGUUUUCAUGUUUUGCCUCUGUUUGCAUUCUGUCUGUUGUUUAGUGUCUUCUCUUUUUCUUCGAUCGCUGCGUACACUUUAUAUUUCGGCGAUUCAUUUUGCAUCAGAUCAACAGCAGCUUCGAGGAGCACGCGAGGGGCACAAUUAAGGAUGCUGGUACGCACCCACAAGACAGCUAUUGUUCGUUUCCAUCUCCACUUGCUGUCUGCAUGUGUUCAUCUAUCUAUCUCCGCAGUGAUUUUGAGGACGGUGACAGCCCCUUUCCUUCGUCGUACGUGCAGAAGUGCCACCUCCACGACAUCGCGACAAUGGAAUACCUUGAAGAGCACCAGCGGUAUGCGGAGGCCAAGUACGCCUCCGAAAUGCGGCCAUUACGCCAUCGAAUCGACAAGGCCUUCGAGGACCACAAGAGGGGUGCAAUCGACGACUGUCAGCUGGCGGAGAGGCUUCACGAGCUUUCCAUGAGGGAGAAGGCAGUAAUGAAGGAGUAUGAAGCCGCCCAACGGGAGAUGAAUCUGCUGUACGAGAAAGCGUCGAGGUGGGCCACACUGCACUGCAGAGUGCCAUUCCAUAAAAAGUGUGUGAAUGAAUGCCGGAUGAGUUGAGAGAGAUACUUACGGGAUUCGGCGCCGACCCCCGUAUCGAUGAGCUUUGCGUACGUAAGGGGCACAGACCGAUUGCCUUUGCAGCAUACAAAGCGUUCCUUGCUGUGUGUCUUGUGCGUGUGCACAUGCCAUUGUGCUGAGUAGGAGCGAGAAGGCCAAGCUGGAGCGGCGGGCCGGCCCAUCACCGCACGACAUCAACUUGGUUAGUGCCCUAAGUGGCGAGGAGGUGCUGCUUAAGAUCAUCGACCCAUCCCUGCAGCCGCCGACGCAGGCAAGUAGAUAGAGUGGCUGGUACACAGAGGGAAGGGCUGGCUGGGUGGAUGUGUGAUGUCUGUGUGUGUGUGGUGGCGCCUGCAGAUGGUGGACAUGUUUGGCCUUCCAGCGACGGGAUUUGAUAUCAUGAUGGAGCACCCCGUCAUCCCCGCCAUGAUCGACAUCAUAGUCCAUGACGGCCUCAAGGGCGUUCUCAUGGAGGGCGGAGGAGGUAGAUAG